AUUAAUUCAAUCUAACCUGGGCAUAUGGUAUCGCAGAUAGCGAAAUCCACUUCCCUCCCGUACAUACUAGUGUUGGAUUGAGAGUUCAAACCUCAACUUAGUCUUUUUUUUCACGCUCAAUAAAUUAAAAAAAAAUAAAAUAAAAUAAAAAACAGAGAGAGAAGAAGUCUUCCAUCUCAGAAGAAAAACAAAAAUUAAAAUAAAAAAAAAAGAUUCCUGUCCUCUAUAAAUAUGACAGCUUCACUAAGCCAAUUCUCAUGGGAAGCUAAGCUUGAGCACGUAAUAAUGGAAGGCAAAGCAGAGAUAGUAUGUGUUACAGGAGCUUCUGGUUUAAUCGGCUCUUGGCUUGUAAUGAAACUUCUCCAGAAGGGCUACAUCGUACGAGCAACUGUCCGUGACCCCGGCAGAGCUCAGGGUUCAAGGCAGCUUCGACGAGGCCAUCCGAGGUUGUUCUGGUGUCUUCCAUGUCGCUACUCCCAUGGACUUUGCAUCUCAGGAUCCUUAGUAAUUAAGCCGACCGUAGAUGGUGCUGUGGACAUCGUAAGGUCAUGUUCCAAGGCAAAAACUGUUCGUAGGUUGGUCUUCGUGUCAUCUGCCGGAGCUGUUGUCAUGCAAGAACACCGGCGUCAUGAAUAUUACGAAACCUGCUGGAGUAAUGUGGAUUUUAUUAGAGACAAGAUGACUGGAUGGAUGUAUUUUCAACCGAAAAUUUUGCCAGCAUGGGAAGCACCUAAAGAGAACGGAAUUGAUUUUAUCGGUGUAAUCCCAACACUAGUUGUCGGACCUUUCAUCAUGCCGUCCAUGCCACCAAACCUCAUUACUGCUCUUUCCUUAAUCACUGGUACAAUAAAGAAAGUUAAAAAGUUAAUCUGAUUGCUUUCUCUCUAAUUAAUCAUCAUGACUAAAAACAUUUCAUCUUUCUCCUUUUCACCAAAAAAAAAAAAGGAAAUCUUGUGCUUGCGGGAAAUGAAGGUCAUUACGCAAUCCUAAAGCAAUGUCAAUAUGUACAUCAAGACGAUCUCUAUAAUGCACUCCUGUAUGAGAACUGCAGAGCAGAGGGAGAUAUAUUUGCUCUUUCCAUGAUGCAAUCAUUUUAGAUCUUGCAGAAAUGCUUCGAAAGAAAUACCCAGAAUACAU